CGGAGUCUCGGGGAGUCGCUCCCGCUCCGCGGCCCUCUCUGGGGUCCCCACCCUGCCGAGCCUCGCGACGUCCCGCAGCCCCGGAAGAGCCCCCCCCCCCUCUUUGCAGCCAUCGCCCGGUCGCUCUGCCGCCUCCUCGGAGAUCCCGGCUGCUCUCUGGACGGCCGGCCAGGUGGGGUGGACCUGUGUCUCGGUGCACGCGUGAACAGAGAUCAGUAUUCUAAAAGGACUCCCAUUUUGGACUGGAGUAGCCUUUGGACAAAUGACUGUUCUGUUCCCUAUGUGACCAAAAAGCGGAGAAGCUCUGUAUUAUGGGAAUGACAGUUUCACACCCUCUCUGCCAUGUUGGUCACUUAGUUGUCUGGUCUCAAGUGUGCUGGGUGAACUAGUCCAGGCCAGAUCACUGGGUACCCUGGGCGACCAUCUUGCACAUCUAUAAGUCACACGCAGAGAAUUCAACUCCUUUGACUGGUGUGUGGUGCAACAGAUGUUAUCCAUCUGCUUCCAAACUGUUCAGUGCUCUGCUUCCAUUUCCAUCCCUCUUGCUGAAGUGGCUUCUUGGUCUUAGAGACAGCAGUCUCUACAUUUUUCAGAAGCUGGAGCAAGGAAAAUGGACUCAGUGGUCGUUGAGGAUGUGGCUGUGGUCUUUAGCCAAGAAGAAUGGGCUUUGCUGGAUCGGGCUCAGAGGAGACUCUACAGAGAUGUGAUUAUGGAAACCUUUCAAAACCUGGCCUCAAUAGGAGAAACCUGUGAAUCACAUGACAAUAAUGAUCAGCAUAAAAAUGAGAGGAGACAUUUCAGAAGUCAUGCAGAAGAGAACCUCUUUGAAAGUAAUGAAGGCAGUCAAUGUGGGAAAACAUUCGGCUGGAUUCCAGAUCUUACUGUUCUAAAAAGAAGUCUUUUUGAAGAAAAUCCUUUUGAAUGCUUUGAGUAUGGAAACACCUUCGUGGAUCAUUCAUCAUAUGACCAUCAUAACACAUCUCAUACUAAAUGUAAUAUAUGUCAGUGUAAGGAAUGUGGAGAAUACAGUGAUUGUUCCUCUCAAUUAACCACUCCUAAGAGAACUCUUCCUGGAACAAACCUCCAUACAUGUAAGGUAUGUGGAAAGGGUUUGGUUUGUAUCUCAACUCUUAAGAAUCCUGUAACAACACUCACUGGUAAGAAACUCUAUGAAUGCACAGAAUGUAGAAAAGAUUUCUGUAAUGUCUCAUCCUUUUGGACACAUGUGAGCAAUCAUAAGCAUGAAUGUAAAGAAUGUCUUAAAAUCUAUAAUUGCCCUUCAUCCCUCAUUUUAAGUAAAAAAAUGCAUAAAAGAAAUAAACAUGUAUGUAAAGAAUGUGGAAAAGCCUUUAGUGAGGCUUCGUCUCUCACUCAACAUUUAAGAAUUCACAGUGGAGAAAGACCUUAUCAAUGUAAGGAAUGUGGUAAAGCCUUUAGUCAAUCAGCACACCUCACUACACAUAUAAGAAUUCACAAUGGGCAGAGGCCAUAUGAAUGUAAGGAAUGUGGGAAAGCCUUUAGUCAGGUCUCAUCCCUCACUAAACAUGUAAGAACUCACAGUGGCGUGAGACCUUAUGACUGUAAGGUAUGUGGGAAAGCCUUUAGGUGUUCCUCACAUCUCAUUCAGCACUUAAGGAUUCACAGUGGAGAGAGACCUUAUGAAUGUAAAGAAUGUGGGAAAGCUUUUCGGUGUUCCUCACACCUCACUAAACAUAUAAGAACUCACAGUGGAGAAAAGCCUUAUAAAUGUAAAGAAUGUGGGAAAGCCUUUAGUGAUUCCUCAGUCCUUACUACACACAUAAGAACUCACAGUGGAGUUAGGCCUUAUGAAUGUAAGCAAUGUGGGAAAACAUUUUGUCAGGCCUCACAGUUAGCCACACAUAUAAGAACACACAGUGGAGAGAGACCUUAUGAAUGUAAAGAAUGUGGGAAAGCCUUUAGUGAUUCUUCAGCUCUCACUAUACAUGUAAGGACUCAUAGUGGAGAGAGACCUUAUGAAUGUAAACAAUGUGGAAAAGGCUUUAUUCAUUCCUCAGCCCUCACUACACAUAUAAGGACCCAUAGUGGAGAGAGACCCUAUGAAUGUAAGGAAUGUGGGAAAGCCUUUAGUUCUUUUUCUCUACAGGUAAACAUCCACAAUGUUCUUGUCAAUGCCAGCAUUCAAGAAUAG